UGGGGAGCGUGAGCCUGCGGGUGGCGCGGAGCGCAUGGUGGCGGCUUCUCUCGGAGCGCCACCGACCCGCUGACCCGGGCUCGGUUCCCUGUGCCCGGUGCGCCCCAGCGACCUGCUGGAGAUACACGCAACAGCAGCAUUAGCAGCAGCAAAGGCGGCUGCUCCGCCGCCCGCAUCUCCGCGGGAGCAUGGAGUGCGCCCUGGACGCCCAGAGCCUGAUCAGCAUCUCCCUGCGCAAGAUCCACAGCUCCCGGACCCAGCGCGGCGGCAUCAAGCUGCACAAGAACCUCCUAGUGUCCUACGUGCUCCGCAACGCGCGCCAGCUCUACCUGAGCGAGCGUUACGCCGAGCUCUACCGGCGCCAACAGCAGCAGCAGCAGCAACAGCAGCCGCCCCACCACCAGCACCAGCACCUCGCGUACGCGUCGCCGGGGAUGCCGGCCAACGCGGCGGACUUCGGCCCGCUCCAACUUGGCGGCGGCGGGGCCCCUUCCUCGUCCCCUGGCUUCUACCGGGGCGCGUACCCGGCCCCCUCGGACUUCGGUGUUCACUGCAGCAGCCAGACCACCGUGCUGGACCUGGACACUCACGUGGUGACCACGGUGGAAAACGGCUACUUGCACCAGGACUGCUGCGCCUCCGCCCACUGCCCCUGCUGUGGACAGGGCGCUCCGGGACCCGGCCUGGCGUCCGCCGCUGGUUGCAAACGCAAGUAUUACCCUGGCCAGGAGGAAGAGGACGACGACGAGGAGGACGCGGGUGACCUGGGAGCCGAGCCCCCCGGGGGCGCCCCGUUCGCCCCCUGUAAGCGCGCCCGCUUCGAGGACUUCUGCCCGGACUCGUCCCCGGACGCGUCCAACAUCUCAAACUUGAUCUCCAUCUUUGGCUCGGGCUUCUCGGGGCUGGUGAGCCGACAGCCGGACUCCUCGGAGCAGCCGCCGCCGCUCAACGGGCAGCUGUGCGCCAAGCAGGCGCUCGCCAGCCUCGGCGCCUGGACUCGAGCCAUUGUCGCCUUCUAGGGACCCCCGAGGACAUGGGGACCCUGGGCCCCGCGGGGCUGGGGCCAGACAAAGACUCGGCCAAAGGACUGUAGGGAGCGAGCGGGUCCUGGCCACUCGGUGUGAGCUGGGGGCAAGCAGAGGCUGAUGUUUUAUAAAUUGUAAAAUAAAAAAAAAUCUAAAAAAUCUUGGACUUUAUUUUUGCAGAGAGAAAAAGCGCCUAUUUAAGUAUUCUUUGUGUUUCUCUUACUCUUUUUUUUCUUUUUAUUGUACUGAUUGCAGUGGUGUUUAGCGAGGAGCCUGCCACGUGAGGCAGGGCUGCUGCCCGGAGGAGGUGCCGGGCAGCCGGGGGCGAGGCUGGGUACCGGGGCACGCCGGGGGCGCAACGCAGGAGGGCGCGGGGCC